AUGGGAAAUGGUUUAGAGAAUGAUGAUGACUUUGAUAGUACCUUUGUUGUGGUUGCGUUGCAAAAAAUGAUAGACAUCCGGUACUUUUUGGUUCCAUAUAUAAUUCUCAGGCUUCGCUUUGUACGACCUACAUAUGAGAUUGUUUCAUUUGAAUUUAUUUGGUAUUUAAUUAUAAAUGCUCUCACAUUCAAUGUGUUCUUCACUAAAGAGAUAUAUUGGAAAGAUUUUGAGUAUGCCCAAAGAAUUAUUUGGUAG